AUGCCCACAGUCCACCCGCUCCCAGUCAACCCCACCACUGGCCAGCAGCCGCUGGCAUCCCUUCGCAGUCUCGGCGGCUCGAGCCAGUCAUCACCUGCCGGCGGCGUCAACCGCGAGGUCCUCAAACAGCUCCAAGACGUAGCAUGGAGUGAUGAGGAGGAUGACCCAGACUGCAUGGUCUGCGCGGAGCCACUCGACCUCUCGGACCAGAACUUCAAACCAUGCCAAUGUGGUCUCCAGAUCUGCCAAUUCUGCUACAACAAGCUGUUGCGCGACGACCCAAGGUGUCCCGGAUGCCGCAGGAACUAUGACGCGGCGUCUGUCGUCUUCCAGCCUGUCGACUUUGACGAAGUUCGACGUGUAAAGGAGAAGAAGAUGAAGCGGGCCAAGGUCUGCAAGCAGCUGGACACCAUGGGACGGCGACACUUCCUGGACACGCGCAUUGUCAUGAAGAAUUCCAUCUACGUCGUCGGCAUGAAGAUUCCUGGCUCGGGCUCGGCAGAGGAAGCAGUGUCGAUCCUGCGGUCCAACGACUACUUUGGGCAGUAUGGCAAGAUUGCACGCCUCUUCCUUCGAGAUCGGUCGGCCAUCACGCCUGCUACACCUGGGCCCGAGGCGGACUCGCCCUCGACGGUGACGGGCAUCUACAUUGUCUACGUCAGGCGCGAAGACGCGGCACGGGCAAUCUCGUCGUUGGAUGGUAUCCCGGCUCCACAGGGACCUCCAGGACAGGUUCUCAGCGCAUCGUACGGAACGACCCGGUACUGCGACGCGUUCCUGCGUGGAGUCAAGUGCGACCACACCAUGUGCCAGAACCUGCACGAAUGGGGAGGCGAAGGAGACUGCUUUACGCGCAACGAUUUGGAGACGGCGUUGACCCGCCCCGCCGAGUACGAUGCGCGCCAGAAGCAGCAGCAGCUCCAGCCUCCUCCUUUAACGCAGAAGAGUGCUUGGCCCAAGCCGUCUGCAGACGACGUCGACUCGUCGGCGCUGCCAAGGACGGCAAACUGGGGCAUGCGCCCUGGUCCUGCCCGACCUGGCUCGUCUGCAAGCGGACGGAGCAGUGUCUCGGCAGUGGGCUCGCAGCGUCCCACAAAGAUCCAGAGCACGCUCAUCCCUCUUGGCGGACGAAACUCGUCUACGGCAUUCCCCCCACCUUCCCCUUCCCCCGUCUCGCUCCUGCCGCCCAAGCUGGACAAGGACAAGAAGAAGGCGCAGAGCAUGUCGCGCGGCCGCAGCGAGACUUCGAGCGUAGGCAGUGCAGUGGUGGGCCCCACUACCUCGACAAGCAGCACACAGCCGUCGCCAAAGAAGAAGCCAAUCUCCCUGGUGGUCGGCACCGGCUCUGGACACCCGACACCCUCGCCCAUCGCCAAGCCGACUCCUCCACCUGUUCCUGCACCUGUGGCCGCCCCCAUCGUCGUCGCCGCAACCUCCACACCACCACCCGGCCUCACACCACCCCCAGGUCUCACGCAUGUGGAGCCUCCUGUGCCUUCAAGCCCACCAAAGAAGAAGGCAUCAGAGGAAACUGCCUCGUCCGUCAUUGCCACCCCUCCCGCUGCUCCCGAGGAGCUCGACGAACCCGAGCCCGAGGCUGGACCGUCGACGUACGCUACUUCGCCCAUCAAGUCGGUCAAGCCGCUCGUCACAGAGUACCCGAUCCACUCGCCGUUCCCCGACUUUGACGACGUGUUUACCCAGCCGGACGCCAGCAAGAUGGGCUUUGCAUUCUCGCUUGCUCUCGACGAGUCGGACAUUCAGCGUCUUAUCGAGUUUUCGCACCAGGCUGGCGGCUUCUUCGAGCCCAGCCCCUUUGACCCCCUGUUCGAGGAGCUGCCAAAGCUCGGCAUCCCACUUGCGUCCCUCAUCGGCGUGCCCCGCACCAACGACGGACCUGGACCCGUGUACGACGGCCCCUUUUCGCCGUUUGCUCCCUCGUCGCCCGUCGAGACUGGCUCGCUGCCAACCUCGGACGCACCCUCGGCGGCCGAGUCGGCGUCGUCUGUCGACCCGGAGCCUGCGCAGCGCACUGCCUCGCGCUUCGAGUUUGCGCGUCGUGCAAGCCUCGCGUCGGCAGGCCGUGGACAGAGCCCGUUCCGCGCUGGCGGCGGCGGUCGCGACGACUGGGGGCGUGCUCCUUCGGCCAACGGGUAUGCUCCCGACGACAUGCGCGCCGCCGCGGCCGCCGCUGCCGUGCCACACGGCUACCACCCGGCUCUGGCUCAGCUCAACUCGCACGCCGCAGCUGCCCUCGCUGCCCAGCAGCAGCAACAGCAACAACAGCAGCAACAGCAACAACAGCAGCAGCAGCAGCAGCAGCAGCAGUCCGCCUCGCUCUCCAACUCCGAGUCGUGGUCCACCAACUCGUACGACCAGCCCCAGCAGUCGCAGUACCGCUCGUACCCGCAGCAGCAGGGAUACGGCGGCAACAACGGCAACAACGGCGGUUCGUACGGUAACGGCGCGUACGCGUCGCCCGUGCGCGAGAACGCCCACUACUCGCCCUCGGGUCCCGGCGGUCCCGGCCCGCACGUCCCGCCCGGCUACGAGUCGUACGCCGCGCUCCAGCAGGGCGGGCCCGCGAGCAGUCCGCAGGUGUACAGCCAGAUGGGCUACGUGCAGCGCCGGUUCUAG